CAUCUAGAGCAGGGACUGCAAGAAAAGGAGCAUCCUCAUCUAGAGUAGAGUCUGCAAGGGAUAAAACACCUUCAUCUAGAGCAGGAACUUCAAGGGAUGAAAUAUCUACGUCUAGAGCAGGGACCGCAAGGGAUGGAUCAUCUUCAUCUAGAGCAGAGACUGCAAGGGAUAGACCAUCCUCAUCUAGAACAGGGACUGCAAGGGAUAGAGCAUCCUCGUCUAAAACAGGGACUGCAAGGGAUAGAGCAUCCUCAUCUAAAACAGGGACUGCAAGGGAUAGAGCAUCCUCAUCUAAAACAGGGACUGCAAGGGAUAGAGCAUCCUCAUCUAAAACAGGGACUGCAAGGGAUAGAGCAUCCUCAUCUAAAACAGGGACUGCAAGGGAUAAAGCAUCCUCAUCUAGAACAGGGACUGCAAGGGAUGGAGCAUCAUCUAGAGCAGGGACUGAAAGCAAUGAAAUGCCAGCUAGAGCAAGGAGUGCAAGAGAUGAAAAUCAAUAUAUAAAGGAACAUAAAACUGUGGUAUUAUCCAAGCCAGACUCUGAGAAUGAUUAUAACAAAGGGCACAGAACUAGACCCAUGUUAAGUGCUGGGAGAAAGAGAUCUGAAAAUAGAUAUAUCAGUGAAGACAGGACUAUGGUAUCUGUGGCAAAAUCUGCAAACAGGAGAGAGGGCAAUAAUGAAGACACUGAAAUAGAAUCAUCCACACUGGGAUCACAAAAUGAACACAGGAAUUUUGGUGAACAUUUGUCAGGAUCAGGGUGUGCAAGAAGUGAAGAUCACCUCUCAAGUGAUAGUAAAUCAUCAUCCAGGGUCGAGUCUCCAGUCGUAGAAAAUGAGCUUGACAUUGGCUACAGUUGUCAAAAUGUAUCUGUAAUAGUCUCUGAGAAUGAGUAUCAGCAUGUUAGUCAAAAUGAUAAUGAAGGUAAUAAGCAAAACUUUCAAGAACAGACAGAACCUCUUUCCUCAAGACCUCAAGCACAUAGAGAGGACAACAGGCUUGGUGACAAUCUAGAAGACCUAGAGGCAUCUGUACAAGAGCAAACUGAAGAGAGGAUGAGCAAUUUUGUAAAUUCAGACUGCAGCAGAGCAUCAGUGCUUGUAAUAUCUCCCACCCCUGAUGAAGAAAUGGGAGGCCAGAUACAAGUCAUCACCAAAUCUUUUGUUGGAAACUUUAUGAAAUUUUCUAGGAAUAACAACUCAACUGAACCACCAGUAGCUACAUCGUCAGCUUUAAGUGAGGAUUCAGAUACCCUCAGAAAUUUAAAAAAUCUAAAAUUGUAUACUGGAAUACAUGAUAAUCAAAGACCAUUAAAUGUUAGAAAUUGUAUUGAUGACAUGAGAUCUGAAAUACAGAUGCUGAAACAAAAGAGUAAAGCAGUAAUAGGAUCACAGUGCAAUGAAAAAUCAAAAGGCAGGCCAAUAGUUAUAAAUAUCAGAUGCAAAAGUCCUGUUAAAUUUGAUGUACCUUUUGAUAACUUCUUCCAAAUGCAGCCAAACAGGAAGAAAAAUUUUGCAACCACUGCAAGGCUAAAAACAUGUGAUAAGCAAAAAGAAAAUCUAACUCUUCAGGAGGCUUUAGCAAGAGCCCGUCCUGACUAUAUACAGAGGCCAGUGACCGACGCGCCCUUAUUCGCCUGAAAAAGGAAAUGCGGCAAGCAGCUCAAAGCCAUAAUCAUCAAAUAAUGGCUCAAAUUCCUGCAAAUCUUCAGACACCAUCAACACUACAACGCUUUCUGUACAAGCCAGAUAUUGCACCUCUCUUCUCAUACAAGGAUAUACGGGAACAAAACCGCCGCUUGUACCAGUUAUUGCCAGAGGCCAAUUUCCCAAGCUUCAGGCAGCAUCUUGCUGCUCAGAAUCAUACCAACCGGCUCAUGGGGAAACUUUAUAGCCAGAAAUUGAGGAAGAAAGUAGUAAAGGGUCAAGUGUCCCAUGCACAUAAGGAUGUUGUGACACCGCUUGCAUCUCGGACAAAAUACUGAAGCAAAGUUCUACUAGAAAUUCUCUGCAGUGUAUCUUGAAAAUUUCACACAGUCAUGCACCUCGAGUACAAUAAAUAUCCAUUGUGUAACAAUAUAAUUUCUUCCAUUAUGUCUUCUGUGGCAGCACACCAGAUUGAUGUCAGAGAUUGGUAUAUUAUACAUCAGGAUUGGCAAGUGUGGUACAGUAUUAUCCAAAGAUUUUUAAUUUGCAAGCACUAAACUUAGGGAUCAUAUGCUACCUGGAGACAAGGUCAAGCAAGGGGAUGAUAAAUCCAUGUCCACAGAUCAAGCCUCUUGCAAGGAUGAAUGGACCUCCAAAGAUGAAGGGUGAUGAAGGUAUACAUGGAUAACCUCAAGAGCACUAAAGAGAUAUAGGUACCUUGAUGCUAGCAAAGGCUUCAUCUAGGGAAUUGAGCGAUUUUCCUUUUGCCUUCUAUUGAACCUAGUUGCUGCCCAUUUUCCCCAGACACCGAUACCUGUGUUUAGUACUCCCCCUUGAAUUUAUUAAUAUUGCCUAUUAGGUACAUUCAUUGAAAUGAGGGAAUGCAAUAAAUAGAUAUUAAAUUUUUAUUUUGUAUUUGUCACAGUGGUCAUAUAAAAGGUAUUUUACAGUAGUGUUUUA